AUGUUUCGUUGGUAUCAGGCAAAGUUGGCUAAGCAGCCCAUUCUCACAGCCAGUGUGACUAGCGCUGUGCUCUUUGGCAGCGGUGAUGUGCUUGCUCAGCAGGUAGUUGAUCGCAAAGGGUUUGAGAAGCAUGACUUUGCUAGAACCGGCCGCAUGGCUCUGUACGGAGGAGCUAUCUUUGGUCCCGCUGCUACGACCUGGUUCGCCUUCCUCCAACGCAACGUGGUCCUGAAGAACAGCAAGGCCACCAUCGUUGCCCGGGUUGCCGCAGACCAGUGCUUAUUCACCCCGACCCAUCUCACCUGCUUCUUAACCUCUAUGGCCAUCAUGGAAGGCUCGGACCCUAUCGAGAAGUGGCGGAACAGCUUCCUUCCCAGUUACAAGGCCAACUUGACCAUCUGGCCUCUUGUUCAGGGUGUUAACUUCUCCAUCGUGCCACUGGAAUAUCGUGUCCUUGUUGUAAACCUAGUCAGCUUGGGUUGGAAUUGCCUUCUAAGCAUGAUCAAUAGCGGCGAUAAAUAA